CCGACCAUAACAGCUGUCUGUCUCCGUCAUUUGGCCGUGUUUUUUUGUGGCAAAAUAUCAUAAUAAUUUUAGUGUCUCAGUCAAAAUGUGGUUUGAAAUCAUACCUAGCGCGGCUAUCAUCACCGUGGCUCUCUCUGUGCCCAUAUACGCAAUGUACGGUCUGCAGAAGCUGACACUGGGCAAUGCCUAUCGCCGCAACAUGGAUGAACGAUUCGACCGUGUUAUGUACCAGCGCGAUUUCCGACUGACCAACAAUCCCUACAUUAUGAACGGCCUGGAAGAGAUUGAGGACGAAGAAGAAGAGAAGAAGCAGGAAGAGAAGAAAGAGGAGAAGAAGGAGGAGAAGAAGACUAAAACUCAAGAGUAGUAAAAAAAUUAGUUGAGUGUUUCAAAUGAUUUGUGACCUAAGGUAGAUUGUAAACAACUAGAAUAAACUCGAGGUUUGCCGCGCAACAAACAA